AAACGCACCUCCCCGUCUCGAGCGCUCCUGUGGGUGGAGCCUCGUCGCUGUGCGUGAGAAGUCACGGUCGCAGAGGGGUGAAGAGCAGACGCGUUGUUCGGACGAGAGAGACCCACCUGUUGAACGGCAGCGGGACGCUUUUAACACACUUUUUAAUUUACUUGUUUUUAUAUUUUAUCCUCAGAGUCUCAUAGUCCUAGCCCUCGGGAUGAUGGACGCUCUUUUAUCAAACGGCAUCAAAGAAGGUGGAGGAGAGGGCGUUUAUUUCCGAAAGGGUUGCAACCCGUUUGCGCAGACCGGACGAAGCAAACUGCAGAAUCAGCGAGCCACUCUGAACCAGCAGAUCAUCAAACAGAUGAGGAUGAGGGCUGGAGCCGAGAACCUGCUGAAGGCUACAUCCAACAACAAGGUGAAAGAGAUGGUUCUGUUGGAGUUGAGCUACGUUAACUCCAACCUGCAGCUGCUGAUGGGCGAGCUGGAGGGACUCAACAGCUCAGUGGAAGUCUACCAGAACACCCAGGAAACUGCAAACAUCCCACUCAUUGCUUUGGGGCUGAAGGAGACAAAAGAUGUUGAUUUCGCCAGUCUAUUCAAGGACUUCAUCUUGGAGCACUACAGUGAAGACGGGAACAAUUUUGAAGAGGCCAUCGCCGAUCUGAUGGACCUGCGAAAGGCUUGCAGGACGCCGAGUCGAGACGAGGCCGGGGUGGAACUCCUGGCAAAAUACUCAAGCCAUCUCCCUCUGAUAGAAAGCCGAUUCUUCCCCCCAACCCGUCAGACUGGAAUCUUCUUUACCUGGUACGACUCCUUCACAGGAGUGCCGGUGUGCCAACAGAACCUGUCCCUGGAGAAGGCCAGCGUCCUCUUCAACAUGGCCGCGCUCUACUCUCAGAUCGGUACCCGUAGUAACCGACAGACAAUAGAAGGCCUGGAGCAGGCCAUCUAUUCCUUCCAGAAAAGUGCAGGAAUCCUGAACCACCUGAAGGAGACAUUCACCCACACUCCCAGCUACGACAUGAGCCCAGCCAUGCUCAGUAUGUUGAUCCGGAUGAUGCUCGCUCAGGCUCAGGAGUGCCUGUUUGAGAAGACUGCACUGCCUGGUAUCAGGAACCAGUUCCAUUCCCUUAUGAAAAUGGCCCAGGAGGCUGCUAAGGUCUCAGAAAUCUAUGACCAAGUGCACCAGUCCAUGAUCCAGACACCAAUCAAAGACAAUGUCCCGUUCUUCUGGUCCACCAUGUCGCAAGUCAAAACCAACCACUACCGCUCCAUGGCUCACUACUUUGUGGCCUCAGCGCUCAUGGACCACCAGUUGGGCCUUAGUGACGAUGAGGACCAGCAGGAGAAGACGCUGUCGCAGGUCUAUGAUCGCCUUCCUGAGGGACGCUCUCCUCUUGAAAUCCUCAAAAAGAAAGAUGAACGCGAACGCAUUGGUAAAGCACACAUUCGUCGUGCCAUACUGGGUCACGAGGAGGCUCUAAGGAUCUACAGUUUGUGCCAUCACUUGAACAAGCUGGAGAUCCUGCAGGACAUUUUGACAGCCAGUCACCAGCGCUCGCUCAACAAGUGCAGCGAGAACGAGGAGGAGGAGGAGUUCACUGACUACACAGAGGCUCCAGACAUCAUCUCUAAAACAGAACACAAAGCGGAGAUGGAGGUUCCCGCAACCAUAAAGGUGAAAGUCACAGACUUCUUCCAGAGGCUGGGCCCGCUUUCAGUUUUCUCAGCCAGGCAGCGGUGGACAGCUCCCCGGACAAUACAACUUCUCCCAGGAGACCAAGACCUGGGCUUCAACCUGAAAGGAGAAUCCCCAGUCCAGGUGGUUUCUUUGGACCCCCUCUGCCCCGCUGCUACUGGCGGUUUGAAAGAGGGUGACUUCAUCGUUGCUGUGGGCGACAUAGAUUGCAAAUGGAUGAGCGUGAGCGGUGUGAUGCGGCUGCUGAAGGAUGUGAACGAGGAGGUGAUUGACAUCCAGGUCGUCAGCAUUAUGGACAGCAACCCUCAAAUGCCAACCAAGAGUGCCACCUUCUGCGGAAACGUGCCUAAGACCUACUCCAUGAUUUGUCUGGCCUAUAACGAUGACGACAAGAAGUCCCGCAAAGUAACCAAGAAGUCAUCCUUCCUCAGCUUUGGUCUGAAGAACCGGCUUAAGAGCACCAGCACCCUCAGCCUCCCCACAGCAGACCACUCCGGUACCCUCCCCUGGAAUAAACCGUGUCCCUCGUUCCCCAGCUCCAGCUCCUACAACAACGACAGUGCCCUUUACUGAACUGGAUGCGGACUCUACUGUCUGCAAGCAUUGUGUAGUAUGCGUACUAGGCCAAGUAUGGCAUUUUUGUACAGUGCUGUGUUGUACCCAUACUGUACCUGUUACGAUACAGUAGCAGUUCCCUUUAGUGUUUCCACUGGAAUACUGAGCAGUAGUCUAUGAAACUUGUACGUCACCGGGGUAAAUUACAUUUCUGCCAGCUGCCCUGGAAAGUGGCCCUGCCGAAUACUGUACAUAGGUGCCUUUGCUGGUACAUGGCAACCUUCCUAGACCUCAGUUCAGUAGCUGAAGUACACUGGGCUACACACUAAACAUAAUGGGAAAUCCUUCAGUACCACGCCAGUUUGCGUACAUCACAGUACAACUGCCCUGUGGGGAACAGCGUGCCAGUUAUCAUUCCAGUCUAUGUAAACAUGUAUAUAAAUACACAUAUACACACACAGCACCGUGACUAAGGUAAACUGUCAUCUCUGUGGGGUUUUUCUUGAAAGAAAAGCUCCAGAUGAAUUAAGGUAGGCAAAAACAAAGUUGUACAAACACACCUGGCGUCGGUUUGAAGAGGUCAUUUUUUUGUGGCUAAAGCGGCGCGUUGUUGGUUCCAUUGUAUUCUGACGUAGCUCUGCACUGUGCAGUUAUAUUCUCUGUGCAGCCUCCAUAAAAGGUUGUUUCGUAAGGUAUAUGUGAAGGAUUAGGUCACUGCCAUGAUAUUUUCGAAAAUCUGAUCGGUGUUGGGGCUUGCAAUGAAUACAUUGCCCAAAUAGAUAUAUAGACAUUUGAACUGUGGUGGGGAACAUUGGUCCCUUGAGGGGAAGAAACAAUUGUGCUGUGCAGUUGUUGUUGUUGUUUUUUUUUGUCUCGGGAGAAUGAUGAAUGCAAAGUUCUAUCCGCUGCUAAAAAUAGAAAAAAAUCGCAUUUAUACCUUGUAAUAUUGUCACAUUUGGAUUUGCAAGACAACAUUUGAGGACUAGAGUCUCUGCUAAGUGCAAUGCCCAUGGAACGCAAUAUAACUGGAAUCAUUGGUGUUUUUAGGUUUGCUUAAUGUACCAGUUAUACCACAGACCAAAAUGCCUCAUCUGUAACGUGCCAGGGUGUGCCCCUUGCCAUCCUUACUCCUUGUACCUGGUUCUGACUCUCGUCGAUAAGUACAGUUUGUCCUUUCGUAAGAGGAGCUGCGUGUCUCUGUGUUAAUGUGAAUCUUGAUGUAGUUAAAGUUAUUUCAUCUCCAGAAGGGAGGAGUGUGGGCAGACUGAUGACAUUCCUGCAUCGUGCCUUGAUAGCCGGUCACCCAACAGUAGCUUCGAUCAAAGCCCAUAUUCAGGUUUCUGCUAAUCGCCUCUAUUCUCUUAACAGUCAUAUCCCACAUUUGACUGACACUUUGUAGUGUUGGAUUAUCUCUUUUAUCUACAAAGUAGAUUCUUAAACACAUUUGAUAAUCAAAUUAUUUAUGUAAUAAAUGCACACAAAAAAUAUUUUAUAUAUAUAUAUAUAAUUGUACGUUGUCUGUAGUAUUUUGGUCAAGUUGUGAAUUUUUGUACGUUUUGAUUUCUUGGUUGGUGUCUUGGAGGAAUGUAUCUUACUAGCCUCGCAUAAUCCUUGGGUGAACUAUAUAUACUGGUACGUUUUGUCUAUGGUAAGAUAUUUUAAAAUGUAAAUAUUUUUUAACAGAAACACUGUCUUUGUCUAGCUAAUGUGGUGUUAAAGUGCCAUUACGCUUACUCAUGAAGGAAAAUGUCACAAUAAAGUGCCGUAAUUUCAUUGAUUAUAAGUGCUUACAGCGAAUUUCACGUACAUAGGGAUCCUAAAUGCCAUGGUCUAUGCACAGGGUUAUGUUACCUGUUCUUCUUCCAGGUUGCCUUUGCUUCUCUCCCUGAAGUUUGUACUGCAUAGCUACUGUGGUGUGAAUGAUAUGUUUGUAAAUCUUUGUCAUACAUAUAUAUAUAAACUCAAAUCUCAAUAAAAGAAGGUGACAGAACAAAUUUUCCUGGAUUUAAAAAAAU